AUGUCUUCGAGUAAUUCUAAUCAAGCUAUGAGGCAAUGGAUGUAUGCAAGAAUUGAUCCCAAUACCAAUCAAGUCUCGAAUGAAUUUACAGAAGGAUUGAAAGGUUUCAUGGCUAUUGCUAAAAACCAUGUUUUAUUUGCUCAAAAGCAGAAGAUAUUCUGUCCGUGCAUCAAGUGUGAGAACAGAAAAUUUCUUGAUGAGCAAACAGUCGCUGGCCAUUUAUAUAACAGAGGGUUUAUGGCUAAUUAUCUUGUUUGGGUUGCACAUGGAGAAAACUAUGGAGUUGACAAUCACCCGCAAUAUGCUCAGGAAAAUACAAACACGCCCAUAGAUGUCUCCAUAGAAGCUCAAAACUCUUAUGUUGAGAUGAUAAGUGAUGCCUUUAAUGAUCAUAUAUCCUCUCAUGUAAGUAUUGAAGAAGAUCCCAAUGAAGAAGCCAAAAAGUUUUUCAGUCUGUUAAAUGCAAGCCAAAAUCCUAUAUAUGAUGGAUGCCGAGAAGGACACUCACAAUUGUCAUUGGCGGCUCGAUGUAUGACUCUGAAAACAGAUUAUAACUUGUCUGAAAAGUGCAUGGAUUAUAUUGCUCAAAUGUUGAAAGACUACAUGCCUGCAGAUAACACUGCCACUGCUUCAUACUAUGACACAAAGAAGCUGAUGCGAUCAUUGGGGCUGCCUUACAAAAAGAUAGAUGUGUGUCAGAAUAACUGUAUGAUCUUCUGGAAAAAUGACACAGACCUAGAAAGCUGUAAAUUUUGUGGAGCUGCCAGAUUCAAAAGUGCAAAACCUGGAAGAAAAAAAGUUCCUUUUCGACAAAUGUUUUAUCUGCCAAUAGCUGAUAGAUUGAAAAGAUUAUAUCAGUCGAAGAAGACAGCUUCACAUAUGAGGUGGCACAAAGAGCAUUAUUCAACUCAGGCUGGUAAUGUAAUGAGUCAUCCAUCAGAUGGUGAAGCAUGGAAACACUUUAACCAGCUAUAUCCUGAUUUUGCCAAUGAAUCUAGAAAUGUCUAUCUUGGUUUGUGCACAGAUGGAUUUAAUCAUUUUGGUAUGUCUGGUCAAAAUUAUUCGUUGUGGCCGGUCAUUCUUACUCCAUAUAAUCUACCACCUGACAUGUGUAUGAAACAUGAGUUUAUGUUUCUCACAAUAUUAAUUCCUGGUCCCAACCAUCCAAAAAGGAGUUUAGAUGUGUUUUUACAGCCUCUCAUAGAGGAGCUUAAUGGUUUAUGGACUGAUGGAGUUGAGUCAUAUGAUGUAUCGCUGAAGCAGAACUUUACAUUACGAGCUAUGCUUUUAUGGACGAUCAGUGAUUUUCCCGCUUAUGCUAUGUUAUCUGGAUGGACAACUCAUGGUCGUUUAGCAUGUCCUUAUUGUAUGGACGACACUGAAGCUUUUUGGCUGAAACAUGGAAGGAAAACAUGUUGGUUUGAUUGUCACCGCCGUUUUCUUCCAAAAGAUCAUAGUCUGCGCCGUAACAAGAAAAACUUCAGAAAAAAUAAAGUAGUUGAUUCUGAUCCACCAACGAUAUAUUCAGGCGAAGCUUUAUGGACUGAUCAUGUGAUGGGUUUACCAAAGACUGCUGACUGUGGAGGAGAAAGACAUCCAAAAAUAGCAGGAUACGGUGAGAAACAUAAUUGGCAUAAGCAGAUGCUGAAUGUUCAAGGAAAAACAAAAGACAAUGUUAAAUCCCGUCUUGAUUUGGCUGAUAUUUGCAAUCGCAAGGACCUGCAUAUGACUAAUGAGGGAAAAGCUCCAGUUCCAUUAUUUAGAUUAUCUCCUGAAUCCAAGACGUGUCUAUUUAACUGGUUGAAAAAGGAUGUUAAAUUUUCUGAUGGCUAUUCGUCGAAUCUAUCUUCCUCAGUUGAUUUUAAUGGAGGAAAGCUUUCUGGAAUGAAGAGUCAUGACUGUCAUGUUUUUAUGCAAAGAUUUCUUAUAACAGAAUACUAA